AUGUUUAGACCUUCUAUAACUGGUACAAACAAUAUACCAUUAGGUAAAAGACGAAUAGGCGUUUAUACAACAGCUGAAGAACAACAACUAAAACAAGAGACACCUGACAUAAAUCAAAAUACCUCUUCUCAAGAAAUUAACGAUGAUGCUGCCACCAAUACUGGAAAUUUACUUAAAAGAUCUAAUGAUGAUAAUGGCGAGCAAGAAUCAGAUAAUAAAAAAGAACGUAGGAACAAGAGAAGAAGUAGAUGGGGUAAUGAAGAAUCAAAGGUGAACAUCCCUGGCUUACCAACUAUUAUUACUUCAAAGAUGUCAAAAGAACAAUUGGAUCUUUAUUUAACUCAUUUGAGGUUAGAAGAAAUUGGUAGAAAAUUGAGAAAUGGAGAUUUUAUUCCACCAGAAAAAGAUAGGUCACCAUCUCCAGAACCAUUUUAUGAUUCACAGGGGAAAAGAGUUAAUACUCGUGAAUAUCGUUAUCGUAAAAAAUUAGAGGAUGAAAGACACAGAUUAAUUGAGGAGACAGUCAAGAAAGAUCCUGAUUUUAAACCACCUGCAGAUUAUAAACGCCCUACCAAAGUUCAAGAUAAAGUUUACAUACCAGCUAAGGAAUUUCCAGAAAUCAAUUUCAUUGGUUUGUUAAUUGGCCCUCGUGGUAAUACAUUGAAAAAAAUGGAAACCGAAUCUGGUGCUAAAAUUAGCAUUCGAAAAAGUAGAACUGAUGCUGCCGCAAAUUCUAAUCAAGAUGAGGAUCUCCAUUGUUUGGUUACUGCUGAUACUGAGGAAAAAGUGACGAUUGCUGUAAAAAUGAUUGACAAAAUUAUUGAAAAUUCAGCUUCCGUUCCUGAAGGUCAAAAUGAACUUAAAAGACAACAAUUACGUGAAUUGGCAGCUCUUAAUGGUACACUGAGAGAUGAUGAAAAUCAAAUUUGUACAAAUUGUGGUGCAACUGGUCAUAGAAAAUAUGAAUGUAGUGAAAGUCAAAAUUUCACUAUAAAUCUUACUUGUCGUAUAUGUGGUGGUCAUGGUCACACUCUCAGAGAUUGUAUGGAAAGAAAUAAUCCAGAAGCUUUACAACAAGCCAAUCAAAGAGAACAAAGAUUAGAUAGUGAAUAUUUGAAUUUGAUGGCAGAAUUAGGUGAAGAUAUUAAUGAUGCUUCAAUUAAAACUGGCCAUUAUGGGCCUACUAAUGCAGCCAAGCUACCGUGGGCCCAAGCUGCUGCAACACCAUUAACACCUUGGGCUGCAGCUGCAACUGCAACUACAUCAAUGAAAACUCCUACAGUAUUGUCUACAGUACCUCCUUGGCAAUUACAGCAACCUGUAGCAUCCCCUACAAUUCCUCCACCGCCAGGGACACAAGAAUCAUGGAGUGCAAAAACUGGUUCUAUUAAUACUAAUACCUCAUCAACUACUACAUCUCUUUAUUCAACACCGCCGCCACCACCGCCACCUGGCUCUUCUUUACCAUAUACAUCAGCAACAACUGUUGCAUCUUCUUACUAUUCAUUUGCAUCUACUCCAACAACCGGUUAUACUUAUCCUGCUUAUUCGAACAAUGCUACUAAUUACGGUAAUACUGUUUAUUAUGGAACAACUGGUUACUCGCCUGCAGCAGCUGCAGGUUAUCCUCCACCUCCUCCAUCAGCAAUUACACAAUGGAGUUAUCAACAUUCCGAUAAAUGGUGA